AUGCGCAUGCGCAGUGUCACAAUUGAGGCUUUCCGUGUGGAGAAGUGGAACAGCUGGAGUAAAGUGUAUUUGACUAAUGGCAAGCGAAAGGCAAACGAGGGACCAGAAGGGGACAACAACCAAGGUACAAAAACAACCGCAAACCGUCGCAUCAUACCUAACUACGCCACAAACUACCAGAAGUGUACUGAGGAUGUCGCAAGACGAUUCAUGGCAGUUGGAUUUAUUUGGAAGAUCAAGAAGAUUAUUACUUUCGAACAGUACUAUUAUUCUGAUGAGUCGAAGACAGAUAACUCAGUCAAGGAUACGCUGAUCCAUGGGAUUGGACGGUCAGGAGAUAUUGCAGCCAUUCAGCCAAAGGCAGCAAGCUCUAGGGAUGUAGCGAACGUCGGAAAAAAAGUAAUACUGGAUAUUAUAAGGCUAGCUGGUGUGCAAACAGCAAGCAGUUGUUUUCUUGUACCCAUGGCAAUUGGGAUGAGUUUAACCCUUUGCUUCCUUACUCUCUGGCAUCAGAGACCAAAGCCAAAUUACAUAAUCUGGCCAAGAAUAGAUCAGAAAUCCUGCUUCAAAUCUAUGAUCACAGCAGGUUUCGAACCUGUAGUGAUAGAGAAUGUGCUGGAAGGAGAUGAACUGCACACAGACCUUAAUGCUGUAGAAUCCAAAAUUACUGGAAUUGGAGCUGAAAAUAUCCUGUGUGUUCACUCUACAACUUCCUGCUUUGCCCCCAGAUUGGUUGUGAAUUUGUGUUAUCAGCACAAUUCAACUAUUUCCUGUAAACUUUACCAGAGGGAUGUGUACGGAUGUGAGCAGAGCAGCAGUGCUGUCACACAGUUGGGAUCAAUGCUCUUUACAAGACAAGUGCCUGGAGCCAGCUCCUGUCUCGAUGAUGAAAAACUGCACAAAUAA